AUGCAUGACGGAAUCGAGGAUACACCAGAAACAGCGACUGGGGCCAGACGGGGGGAUCAUACGUACGGCGGCCACCGCAAAGGUUCCUUCUUCCCAGAGGACGUGAACGAGAUAAUCGAGCUACGCGCCAGACAAAGGACGUACGAGGGAGCAUACUUACGGAGCGGUCUCACGAAUCUCGGAUAUGCCUUGACGAUUCUGCGACUGUUCGACAAGCGGUUUGCGCGAAUCGGCAUCGUUUACUGUGUUCUAGCUGUCUUGCUUUUCGUCAUUUCCUACUUCCGGCGGCGCCAUUCAGAUCACGACUUCGCUGACCUGCACAAGGGCAAGACAUGUGAGAAGGCGAUCCCCACCGUCGGGCAGACGGGAAAACGCUCGUACGGGCGGCCGUUUACCACUGCAGGGCAGAUUGUGGUUGCGGUGGCCGUGAUCGUCGCUACAGUCGAGAUAGGACUGCUUGUGCUAAUCCUUACAGUUGAUUUAUCCAAUAGUUGA